AUGGGCUCCAGUACUAGGAAGAAGAAGGAAAAGAAGAAGGACUUCCAGAAGCCCAAGCUGAAGGUCGGGAAGACGAAGGCGAAGGCCGCGAACUUCACUGACACAAGCUUUAAUUCCAAAGCCAUUGUCUUGCACCAGCAGCUAGCUGAAGAAGCGCCUGACUCGGAUGCACGAUUCAGACACAAUCUCUCCCUGACGGCCUCCAGGUCAGAUAGCCAAAGGCGUGAUGCGCUGGCAUCCUUGACAAGCCAGCUGACGUCAAAUCUGGAUAUUCCCAUCGGAACUUCUACCAUCCUCCACAAGUUGCUCCCCCUGAUGACCGACAUCUCGGGCCCUGUGCGAAGCCAGCUCCUGAAACUGUUGAAAGCCCUGCCUGCGGAAGAGGUGAAGCCGGACGUCGAGAAGCUCAUUCUGUACAUUCGCGGCGCAAUGUCACACAUCUCCCAGGAUAUCAAGAACGACGGUCUGAACUACAUGGAGUGGCUUCUCGACAUUGCUGGGGACGAAGUCGUGGUCGGUGCUGGCUGCUGGAUCAAGCCCUUAAAGGUCUUCAUGUCGAUUCUGGGAUGGGCUUCUGGACCGACUACCUCGGCGACAGGUAAAGGGAAGGGAGGAUGGACCUCUGCCCCGAGGACUACAUUCGGCGCCCAGAAACACGGCCAGUCGUAUCCCCGACAGAUACUCGUGUUGGCGAAGUUCCUUCAGCACGGCUUCAAGCCUGAAACAUCCACAUUCUGGACCUCCAACGACUGGUUUAACCAGUUCAGUCGAGUUCCGCGAACUCCCAAUGCUUUUGGAUACAUUGGCCUCUUCCAUGCUCCUAGAGACGAAGAUGGCGAGAUAUAUCGUGAUCGGGAGGAUAGGCAGAAGGUGUUCCACAAAAGAUUUUUGGAGGCGGUACAGAAUGGGGUCAAUAUGGCCAAGCAGGAAGGAGGUCUGGCUGGAAGAGCCGCUGCGGUGCUUGACAAGGUCUUGAAGGAAGGCAUGGCUGAUUACGAAGCCCCCUCACGAGAUUAUGAUGCUGAUGAUGGGCUAUGGGAUGGGUAUAUUAUGUAG